AUGAUACUCCUCGCCUUUAUCUGUGGAGCGCUGUGGGUAAUAUGGUCGGUUGCUUCCUUCUUGAUGUACCGCCCUCGCCAGAUUAGCGGGGCAACGGUGGUUGUCACGGGUGCCUGCACUGAGAUGGGGCGGCGCCUCUGCAUGCAGCUCUACGCCCGCGGCGCGCGUGUCAUUGCAUGGGACUACAGUAAAAUAAAACUGCAAGAGCUGCAGGCAGAUGUUCUCAAGGCCACAAAGGAAGCUGAAAGCCUCGAUGCCGCGGGCCUGCCGGACGGUGGCCGCGCUGCUGGCUCGUUUCACAGUGGUGCCUUUGUUGUCAUGACUGUGGAUGUAUCCUCGCGGCUGCAGGUGCAACGUGCGGCCAAGGAGCUGGAUGGCCCACUUGACAUGAUCGUGCACGCUGCUCACACGUACCCGUCCAAGCGGCUCUGCGACCGCGCCGACGACUCCGCGGAGCGCCUCAUUCAGACAAACCUACUGUCCCCGCUCAUGGUGGUGCGUCAGCUGUUACCUCUGUUGUUGUCCGCCUCGAACUCGUCUUCGAAUGCAGGUGGACUACACAAAGCGGCGCAGCGGCGUGGUGACUAUGCCCAGGUGGUCACCCUUGUCUCCGCUGCCGCCAACUACACCCUCUCCUCAGACAGCCCCGAGUAUGCGGCAUCGCAGUGGGGCAUGGUAGGCAUGCACUACUCGAUGCGGGAGUGGAUCUUCCAGCAGCGGUGCGAGUACAUGACUGGUAGUGGCAGUGGUGCACCAUCAGAGACAAAGACGACGGCAGCGGCAGGGUCUCGCACGCGCCGCCCGGCACGAGAGGUGCGGACGACGCUCCUCUGCUUGAACGAGAUUCAGUACGGUGUGCCAACGGUGAUGAACUCUCUCAUGUCGAGCUCGCCCGGCGUGUCCACUACGGUGCGGGCAACGUCGCCCACGAUGUCAUCCUCAUCGGCAGUGAGCCCCGAGAGUGAGGAAGGUGGCAGCAUAGGCUCGCGGGGGUGGUCGGCGUCGACUUACCGCGACUCCUACACUCAACUCCUGCAGAAGCGCAACGUGGAGCUUGACAAGGCGGCGGCGUGCUGUGUGAGGGCCAUAUGUAGAGGACAGGAGCGCUACUGCUACACUUCGGCGUGGGCGACAACCGUCGUCUACCCGUUACUGAUGGCGUGCCCGGUGCCCUGGGCGAUUCGGCUGCUUCGCUGGAUACAGCACACGCCAGCGGCGGCAGAGAACUAG